GUCGCCAAAAUUGUCUCCUCUUCUCACGUGGCGCGACGAACACGAGGAGGAGUACUUCUGAGAUGAACAGACAACCCAACCACGGGUUAGGAAGAGUUCUGCGUAGGCUACCACACGCUUCAUAGAGAGAGUCGAAUGUGCCGAUCGUUAAGAGGAGCGGCACCGCGGGAAUGAACGAACCGCGCUGCUUAGAUCUUGGAGCUUCAAAACUUCUAUAUAUGUUGAAUUUGUGAAGGCGCUGAUGAAUUGCGACAGAAAUCUUUAAAGUGGUUCAUAAUUGUGUAAAUGUAAUUUCGCUAGUAAAAGGAAAUAUUUUCAAGAAGUUCCUCGUAAAGCUGAGAUAACUUUGCUCUCUGGAACAAUGGCGGCCACUCCCUACCCAACAAUGCCGAGGCCCGAGCGAUCGGACAGCGGUUCUGGAGUCAAACCACGCCUUUACAGACAACCGUCCAAUUUGUCCAAUUUUAGCUGGUCAGGAAGGCAGCGCGCGCCUAAGGUGUGGGUACUGAAUCCUAUGCACAUUGUCACAUUAACCGAUAGAAAGGAAUCUAAGAUUAUAUGGUAUUUUGAAAAGAUAAAGGCAAUAUCAGAGAAGUGGUUCACGCACGUGCUACUGUUGCUCUUCAUGUUAGGCUAUGCAGCAUUAGGAGCCCUACUUUUUCAGUGGAUUGAAAGACCGGUAGAGGACCAGGAGAAGGAGAGCAUCGGGAAGGUGAGAAAGUUAGUCAUCGAAGACUUGUGGUCCAAGCAAAAUGAAACCGCUGAGAUCUGGCGAGCGCUGGCGAUACGUCGCCUCACGGAAUAUGAAGCCCAAGUGUCCCAGUCUUACAACAGUGGCAUAAAGACAGAUUCCGAGUUAAGACAAUGGACAUUUUGGGGGUCAAUGUUCUUCUGCGGAACUAUCUUCACCACAAUAG